UCCAGCGCAUCCAACCCAAUCCCGUUCCAUUCCAUUUCCGCUUCCUCCUCUCCUCGCCCCACAAAUCCCAAUUAAAUCCGGCCACCGCCGCCGCCGCCGCCGCUCCGGCCAUCCCAAGUGGCGUGACCUCCGCCUCCGCCCCCACAAAUCCCUCACCUCCGCGGUUCGAAAUCCCCACCUCGACAGCCGCUCCCCUCCCUCGUCCAGCCUCACCAAUCCGGCGAAUUCCCCGUCGGGAGGGGCACCCCGGGCAAAUCCUAACCCUAGCGGGAGGGAGGGCUGCGAGAUGAAGGCGUCGAUCAGGUUCCGGGACGACGACCGGCCGCUGGUGCGCGCCAAGGUGCCCGUCGGCGUCCUCGGGCUGCCGUUCCUCUCCGGCGUCUCGGCCGGCGGCGACGCCAAGGACCUCCGAUUCGAUUUGUCCACGGCCUUCGCCUCCGGCCCGGCGCUCCGCCUCUCGUACCGCCCCAACGACUCGCUCCAGCCCUUCGCCCUCUCCGUCCGCACCGGCCUCGGCCCGCUCGGAUCUCCCGCCCGCGCGCCGUUCGCCAUCUCCGCCGAGUUCAACCUCAUGUCCUCCAGCCCGCCGGCCUUCUCCCUCCUCUUCAAGCCCCGUAUCGGCGACUUCUCGCUCGCCAAUUCCGUCGUCUCCCCGCCCGUCGCCGUGCCACCAACUCCGCCCCCGCCGCCGCCGCCGCUCAAGCUGACCGACCUCGCCAACGGCGACGACCACGACGGCCAUAAAACGUUCUCGUUCAGCGGGAACGGCUUUGCGGCGAACGUGGCCUCCGCGGGGAAGAGCGGCGGGGGGGUCGGUGCGCUGCUGUCCGGGAUGCGCCUCACGACCAGGAGCGUGCUGCCUCUGUGGAGCAAGGCGAGCCUGCGGUUCCAGUGGGGGCUGCGCGUGCCGCCGGAGCUGAAGGCCGCCCUCGCGGACGAUGGGUACGGGCGCAAGGCCGGUAACCUGGCCGUCAGCAAGCUGCCGCUGCUGGUCAUGAACAAGAUCACCAUUGAGCACACGCCGCGGGCUCCUCGACAUAGCGACGCCGACAAGAAGGGGAAGAAGGACGCACCGGAAUUUCAGACGGAAGGGUUCUCACUGGUCAAGAGGCAGCUCGAGGUGCUCAACGCAGAGAGUAUAAUGCUGCGGCGUGCCGUGGAAGACCUGCGUGCCGAGAUCGGUGGCGGUAGAGCCACCUCAAUGCCCGGUAAAGGCGAUGCCCGAAGGUCACCGGCGUCACUGCCAACACCACAACAGCCAUUCCCAGCGAAGCCAGAUCGCCAUGGGAACAGCAGCAAGGAGCUUGUGGACAGUGGACCGAAGCCGGUGUCGGAUGAGGCAAGCGAGGAGCUGAAGAAGGCACUUGAGGCACGCCGGAAGUGAAGAAGCGUCAGGGCUUGCUGACAUUGCAACCCCUGCAGGACUGCAAAACUUGACAUGGCUGCUGGGUUACAAUUUUUGCGCUGAAUAAUAUACUUUUGGUAGGUGCAGUUUGCUUCCUCAGGGAGGCAAAAUGGAAUUCUCAUUAAGGUGAUGUAAUAAUCUCGCCUUAUUUUCCAAGCCGUUGCUUUGUGCUAGACCUGCUACGGAGUAGUAGUAUUUAUCCCCAAUUAUCUCCAAUUCGACGUGUAUAAACUCGCUGCUUUUGUUACAGUAGAAGUUUCAGCUCUAUUGAGAUGUAUGAAACGCUUUAGUUUUCAAGAUUAUCUUCAUUUCAGUUUCCAU